AUUAAUUAGAUUGAACAAAAAGAAAGUGUAAGCACUAGUCUUAUUAUGCAUGAAAAGCAACUACACACAUAUACGUAUGGAGAGUGGAUAUAGAGAAGAGAGAGACCGUUUGACGUUCACUUAGGCCGUCCGCUUUCUGUGGCUGCCCAGUGAUUUUUCUCACACAAAAAUCGUAUUCACGGUGCAAUAAUUUCCGAAAGAAAAAAGGAAAGAAAACCCUGUGAGAUACAACAAUCUUACCAGGAUCGCCUGUUUUGUGAAUCACGUGAAUCGAGGAAGUGAACCACGUGAGAAUCGAGCCUCUCUGCUGAGAUCAGUUAAAAACAACAGAGAUUAGAAGUUUUGCAGCUGCACCUAACAGGCAAAAGCUUCUCCUCCUUUACUAGUUGUUGAAAGCAAAGCUCACUUUACCACGAUGGCUGACCCUGCUCUCUCUUUUGUUAUUGAGAGAACUGGCGAUCUGCUGAUUCAAAAAAUUGUUUUCCUGGAAGGCGUUCGACGACAAGUUGAGAGACUUCAAAAGGAUCUGGUCCGGAUGCGGUGUUUCCUGAAAGAUGCUGAUCAGAGGCAAGAUAAAGAUGCGAGGAUCCGCAACUGGGUUUCUGAAAUCAGAGCUGCGGCCUACGAUGCGGAGGAUAUCAUUGAGAUCUUUGCCAGCAAAGUUGAGUUCUUCACAAAGGACAAGGGACUCGUCACCAAAUUGAAGUAUUAUCCCUUGAAAAUUGUGAACCUCUACAAGAUAGGUAAAGAGAUUGAAUCCCUACGGAUGAGGCUCAAGGAGAUUGCUGAUUGCCGCGAAGAGUAUGGUAUAAAAAAUCUUGGAGAGGAGAUGACUACACAUGGAGAAGAGCUGCAACGGCUCCGGCGAUCCUUUCCUUUCAGCGAGGACAAGGAUAUAGUGGGCUUCGAGGAGAUAACAAAAUCCCUGGUGGCAGAACUUUUGAAAGAGGACAGAAACCGCCGUGUGGUUUCAAUCGUCAGCAUGGGAGGUGCUGGUAAGACAACUCUAGCAAAAAAGGUUUAUAACCAUGCUCAUGUCAGGGAGAGAUUCAACUGUUGUGCUUGGGUCUGCGUCUCUUCAAGCUGCGAUCACAAAAAGACGCUGAGGGCAAUCAUAAAGCAAUUGAAUGAAAUGAGUAAUGAGCAACUUGAGAAGAUGGAAGAGGAAGACUUGGAAGGAAGGCUCCAUCAAGAUCUACAAGAUAAAUGUUAUCUUGUGGUGCUUGAUGAUGUAUGGAAGCAAGAAGCGUGGGAUUGUCUUGCUAGGGCCUUUCCUGAUGUUGGCACAUCAAGUAGAUUGCUACUUACAAGUCCCGAUCGGGAUGUUGCCCAACACGCAGAUGCUUAUAGCCACCCAUAUGAGUUGAAAACUUUGGGGCUGGAAGACAGCUGGCAGUUGUUCCUCAGAAAGGCCUUAGGCCAUGGGGAUAAUGCUGGGUGUCCUCCCGAUUUGGAAGAAGUGGGCAGAGAGAUUACCAGAAGAUGUGAUGGUCUGCCGCUGGCCAUCACGGUUAUAGGUGGCCUGCUGCUGGCAAAGAAAAAGUUGAGGAGUGAAUGGGAGAAAAUUCUCAACAAUUUCAGCACAUAUUUAUCAAGGAGCCAGAGUGGGGUAUCAGCAAUUCUGGAAUUAAGUUAUGCAGACCUUCCUGCCAAUCUGAAAUUUUGCUUUUUGUAUUUGGGUUUGUUUCCUGAAGACUCCGGGAUUUCUGUGCGCAAGUUGAUCCAUAUGUGGGUUGCAGAGGGAAUAAUGCAGAAAAGAGAUACAGAAAAUUUGGAGGAAACUGCAGCAUAUGAUGAUGUGGAAGAACUUUCUAGCAGAAAUAUGGUCCAGGUGGCUGAAAUGACUGUUGAUGAGAGGAUUAAAAGCUGUAGAGUCCAUGAUUUAUUGCGAGAGGUUGCAAUCAGAAAGGCAAAGGACGAAAAUUUUUUCCAGAUCCAUGACACCAGAGAUGAUGAAAUAUCAGCCAAAUCCAGAUACCUUGCUGUUCAUAGUCUCCCUUGGGAUAAAAAGUAUGUUGGGUCUUCGACCCCUCCUCUCCGGUCUCUACUUUUUUUCAAUGUCCACGAUUACAGGAAAAACAUUAGUCUUAACUUCAAAAGUUUCAAAAAGCUUAGGAUACUAGAUCUUGAGAAUGUUAAGAUGUCGUAUAAUUUGCCAGAAGGAAUUGGUGAAGUCAGGCUUCUAAGGUACCUCGGUUUAAGACGCACAUCCAUUGGAAGGCUCCCUCAUUCCUUCUGUUGCUUACGAAACCUACAAACUCUUGACAUACGGAACUCUUACCCAGUGAGAGUUUCAAAUUUCAUUUGGAAGCUUGAAAGUUUACGGCAUCUAUAUGCGUGUCGUAUGGAGUGCGAUGUGCCUCUUAAGAUUGAUGGAUUGAGGAAUCUCCAGACUCUGUUAGGCGUAAACUUUGAUGACAUUAUGCACAAUAACAUGAUAACUUUGACAAGUCUUCAGAAACUGGGGAUUUGGGUGGGUGAAAGGUCAGAGAUUGACAAACUCUGCUUGCAUUUAUCUGAGGUUGAAAACCUAAAGACGUUACAUCUUUAUCGUAAUAUAACAACAGUGUGGCCAUCUCUAGCUGGACUUUCUAAGCUCCAUCAUGUAACAGAGCUCAAGCUAUCCGGGAUGUUUUUGAGAAAGCUACCUCCUGAUUUCCCUCCAAAUCUCUCUCGCUUGUCUUUGAAAAACACAUUCCUCAGGAAUGACCCAAUGCCAGUGCUAGAGAAGUUGGGACAGCUGUCGUUUCUCAAAAUGAAAGAUGCAUAUAGGGGACCACAGCAUAUGGUCAUUUCUAGGCAUGGGUUUCACCAAUUGAAAUUCCUUGAGCUCAGAUACCUAAGAGUGGAUGAAAUAAAGGUGGAGGAAGGUGCAUUGCCACAGCUCCAGUGCCUGAGAAUUAGGGAGUGCUACAGUUUAGAAAAGUUGCCGGAAGAGCUGAAGCACAUAUCUAGUCUUGAUGCGCUUGAGCUUGUGGACAUGCCAGAAGAUUUCAUCAGUGGGCUUGAUGCGGACAUGGUAUCCAGCGUCCCUAACCUCAGAAUAUUUUGACUCUAGAACCUAAGUCCGUAUUUGUAUUUCGCGCAUGGAAUGGAAGGUAU